AUGGAUUCACCCAACUUCAAUCCCCUUGAUUAUAUUAAUCAAUUAUUCCCCACUGAACAAUCACUCUCAGGUAUCGAUGAUGUGAUAGCAAAAAUGCAAUUUGAAUAUUCAACUAUUGAUGAAAAUAUUCACAAUAUUCUAUGUGGUAAAGCAAAUGCAGAGCUAAACGGACAUAUCGGUUUUAGAAAAGCUCAAAAUAUGAUAAAAUCUUUAGAAAAGCAAAUCACCAACUUGACGAAAAAUGCUGAACAAACUGAAGAAACAGUAAAGGAAAUAACUGCUGAAAUACAAAAAAUGGAUUGUGCUAAGAAAAAUAUAAUUUCUAGCAUAACUACUCUCAAUCAUUUACAAAUUCUUAUUCAAGAAAUCGAAGAUGUAAAUAAAUUGAUUGAUAAACGGUUAUACAAGGAAAUAUUGAAUCCCAUGCAGGCGAUAUUAGAAAUUAAGCAGAAGUUCCAAAAACAUAUUUGUAUUCCUGAAAUGAAAGCCUUAUUGGAAAAAGUUGAACAAAUACAAUCUGUUCUUGGUCAACAGGUUAUUGAAGAUCUCAAAGAAGCUUUUUCUUAUCACAGUCAAGGAUUAUUGCAAACAAGAGGAACUAUCAAACUAUCACUAUCACAACUAUCAAAUGCAUGCAAGAUUAUUUCAAUUUUGGAUUCUGUUAAAAAAAACGAACUGAUAAAAUGGUUUGUUCAGCUACAACUUGACGAAUAUAAAAGUUUAUUCAGUAACAACCAGGAAUUUGCCUGGCUGGAUAAAAUUGACCAACGUUUUGACUGGCUUAAAAGUCAUUUGCUAAAUUUUGAACAGAAAUUUCUUCCAAUAUUUCCCUUUGACUGGAAAGUAUCGGAAAAAAUUUCUUUAGAAUUUUGUCAUUUGACUAAAAAUAAUUUAUCAUCAAUAAUGUCCGAAAGAUUAAAAGAAAUAAAUGUUCGUCUCUUACUAUUUGCUGUUAACAAAACUCAACAUUUUGAACAGCAGUUAUCUUUAAAAUUCAAUGUCAAGUUUCAAAAUCUCAUUGGAAUAUGUUUUCGAACGCAUUUUGAUAUUUUCAUCAAAACUAUUGAUCAGAAUUUAGCAGAAUUAAUGCAACACUUUGUUAAACAAUCUCAAGAACCAAAAACUUUUUUGCUUCCAAGUUCUGGAGAAUUAUUUAUAUUUUUCAAAAAAUCAAUUAUCCAAUGUGUACAACUGAGAAAUAAUCAGUAUUUGUAUGAAUUAGGUAGAUUGUUCAAAAAGUACUUGGGAAUGUAUGGAAGAAGAGUUCUUGAACCAAUUAUAUCAAAGAAAAAUGAUCAUCAAAACUUCUUACAGUGUUCAAUGUCAAAUCUUCAAAACAAGGUGUUUUCCAAUUUUAUUUCUGAAGAAGCAUGUCACAGAUUGACUAAAGCUGAGUUACAACAAAUAUGUUGUGUUUUAACAACAGCUGAGUAUUGUUUGGAGACAAUACCACAGCUUGAAAAUAAAUUGAAGGAAAAAUUAGCAACAGUUUAUUUCCAUAAAUUCGAUAUGUCAGAAGAAAAAGAACUGUUUCAUAGAAUUAUUUCCAAUUGCAAUAAUUUGUUUGUUCAAGACUUAGAAAUGUCAUGUGAGACCUGCUUAGGAGCGAUGAAUAAAGUCCAAUGGCAAAAUAUAAGCAACGUUGGUGAUCAAAGUAGCUACAUUAGUGCGAUAAUUAUGAACUUCAAGGAGACAAUUCCAAUAAUUCGUGAUAACUUAACAUAUUCAUCGAAAUAUUUUAUCCAAUUUUGUCACAAGUUUGUUGACUUGUUUAUACCAAAAUUCAUCCAAACUUUAUAUAAGUGUCGAUUUACUACGCCAGAUGGCCUGAUUAAUAUUCUUGGGUGUGAACAAUUGCUUCUUGAUACAUGCAUCUUGAAAACACUGCUUCUAAAUCUUCCCCUGAUUGGUUCAAACGUAGAACAAAAAGCUCCGACAAGCUUCGUCAAAGUUGUAUUGAAAAAUAUGAAUCGUGCUGAAAUAAUUAUUAAAAUUAUAAUGCUAUCAAUCCAACCAAAUGAUGCUUUUAUAGCUCACAUACUUAAGCUUUUACCGGAUAUUACAAGAAUUGAAUUUCAGAAUAUUUUGGAAAUGAAGUCUGUAAAAAGAUUUCAUCAAAUUCAAUUAAUGGAAAUUUUCAAUCAACAGAAAAAAGGCCUUUCAAUUUCAAUGAAAGUAUGA